GAGGGCCUCGCUCACUUUUUACUUCCGCUUCCUUCAAGUAAAGAGGUGGAACCUCCCCCACCUUUUUCACCGAGAAGGCGGCGGCGGCUCCAGCGACUCCAGCUUGCGAUGUUUGGCCUCAAAAGAAACGCAGUAAUCGGACUCAACCUCUACUGUGGGGGGGCCGGAUUGGGGACCGGCAGCGGCGGCGCCUCGCCUUCGGGGGGGCGGCUUCUGGCUGUGGGGAAGGAGGCCGCAGCUAGGCGGGAGGCAGGGGGUGAGGAAGCCGGUGCGGUGAUUGGCGGAAGCACCGGCGCGAGUCCCCCGGCCGCGAUCGCGCCAGAUGCCCGGAGGGUCGCGCGGCCCUCGCCCAUUGGCGCCGAGAGCCCCGACGUCACUACGACCCCCGCGAGGCUGCUGUUCUUCGCGCCCACCCGCCGCAUGUCGCCGCCUGAAGAAAUGGAAGCCCCAGCUGCCGACGCCAUCAUGUCGCCCGAAGAGGAGCUGGACGGGUACGAGCCGGAGUCUCUCGGGAAGCGGCCGGCUGUUUUGCCCUUGCUGGAGUUGGUCGGGGAGCCUAGUAAUGGCCCUGGCACUGACGGCUCACUACCCUCGACACCCCCAGCAGAGGAGGAGGACGACGAAUUGUACCGUCAGUCGCUGGAGAUUAUCUCUCGGUACCUUCAGGAGCAGGCUACUGGCUCCAAGGACGUGAAGCCAAUGGACGGGUCUGGGGCCGCCAGCCGGAAGGCGUUAGAGACCCUACGAAGGGUCGGGGAUGGUGUGCAGCGCAACCACGAGACGGCCUUCCAAGGCAUGCUUCGUAAACUGGACAUCAAAAACGAAGACGAUGUCAAAUCUUUGUCUCGAGUGAUGGUCCAUGUUUUCAGUGACGGCGUAACAAACUGGGGCAGGAUUGUGACUCUCAUUUCUUUUGGUGCCAUUGUGGCCAAACACUUGAAGAGUAUAAACCAAGAAAGCUGCAUCGUACCAUUAGCAGAAAGCAUCACAGAUGUUCUCGUAAGGACAAAACGAGACUGGCUAGUCAAACAAAGAGGCUGGGAUGGUUUUGUGGAAUUCUUCCAUGUAGAGGACCUAGAAGGUGGCAUCAGAAAUGUGCUGUUGGCAUUUGCAGGUGUUGCUGGGGUAGGAGCUGGUUUGGCAUAUCUAAUAAGAUAGCCUUUUAAGUGCAAUAACUGGACUCUUAACCAACUCCAGCCACCAAAACCACAUUGUCUGCUAUGAAAUCAGAUGUAUUUAUGAAGUUGGACCUCAAGCUGUCCAGGCUGUAACCUCCAAGAGUUCUGCUCUAGCAACUAGAAAAGCAAGUGGCGAGAGGAUUAUGGCUAACAAAAAUAAAUACAUGGGAAAAGUAGUCCCCCUUGAAGAGACGCGCUGUCUGAAAGAAGCAAGGUUCAGUUUCAGCAACAAGCAAACUUUGUUUGGGAGGCCCUGGAGGAGGACUUUUAGAUUUAGUAAAGAUAGAGUGGGCAGACUGAAUUUUCCUUGUCUAGAACAGGAGAGUGGCCAGUAGCCAGGCUAGUUGUAGAGUUCAUUAAAUAUACCCACUGAAUUUCAUGACUUCUGUAGUAUUAAAAGAGAAGCACUAAUAGUGCCAGUGAUCUGUGUAAGAGGGAUUUAAGCUACAGGUAAUAGAACUAUGACUAGAAGCCUCAGUACUGUACAACAGUGAAGGGAAAGCUGUUUGCUCUCUAAUUAGCUUUCCCAGGUAUACUUCUUGAAGAAUAUAAAGUGUAAGUGCUCAGGACUUUCAUACCUGUUCUACUUUGGCUUAUUUUGACUGACUGUUAGUUUAAUAGCAUAAUAAAGACCAAGAAUACUUGACUUAAAGGCUCAAAAAUUAGUUGCAAAUAUGGAAUAUCCUCAAUUUUUAAAACACAAAACAACUUGUAAAUGUAUUUGUCUGUAAAAAUUGUAUAUAUUUUUACAGAAAGUCUAUUUCUUUGAAAUGUAAAGGAGAAAGAGUCUGGAAUUCACAGUAGUUUUUCAUGCCCUUUUGAAAUUUACAACUUCAGUAGUUAGGAACCUGUUUCUUAACAGCUUUACUAAACUUUGUCCUGGUCAGUUCUAGAUUGUCUACAGAACCAAGUGAUGUAAUUGUAAGCAACCUAGUUGUAAUGGAACGAUUCUGAGUCAACUAUGCAGGCUUUAAUUUUCCUGUCUGAUUUUCGUAAGUAUUCCUUAGAUAGUUUGGGUUUUUUUUUUUAAGUCUGGGAGAUUGUGAAAUUGAGGAGUGGAGAGUAAUCCUUUCACAUAGUUAACUCGUAGAUUUUCAAUAAUUAAGUCAAGGUGGCUUUUUUUUUCUGUUUUUGUUUUUGAGACAGGGUGGGGCAUGUGGGCUGAGGACAUAAAAAUAAUGGACUCUGGGCAACUAAUUUGAGUUCCUUCCAUUUGACCUUAUUUAACGGGUGAAAUUUAAACUGAGUUCAUGAGCUCAUCUUCAAAGCUUUUGCUAAGAGGUUUUCAGCUGUUCCAAAUGGGACUUACAAGAAGUAUGUGUAUAAAAAGAUCACAUCAGGUGGAUGAGAGGCAUUUGGUCCCUUGUUUGCUUAAUACAUUGUAAAAUUAUGACUUGGAAAAGCAGGCUCUAGUCUAACCAUGGUGCUAUAUUUAGGCUUGCUUGUUAAACACAGGUCUAAGCCUAUUACUUCAAUAAAGCAAAUACUUACUGUUUCAUUUCUAUAAA